UUUCAGCGAAUGUUUACAAACCGCUGUUUUCCUUUGGGUGUGUGCUGAGGGGUGGCGGCGUGUUGUGCUGAGCGUGUGAAUCGUGGAUCGAUAGAAGGUGUUUUCCCUCAAACAUUUUCUUUGACUAAGGAUUGUACCAUUCAAAGUGUACCAGAGAGGUGCAUGAUGAAGCUCAUCUUGGGUGUUUUGUGCUCAUUACUAAUUGCUGGAAGCAAUGGAGGCGCCGACGAGGCCGAUUACACAGGCUCGUCGUCGCGCUUUGUGGUGGAGAACACGGAGUUUGUCGUGUCGUGCCGCGUGCCCGAGCUGAGUCGCAUCAAGUGGCACCGUAACGGCGUGCCGGUGCCCGUGUCCGGGCCCGACUCGGGCUACUCCGUGCGCACCGAGAAGCGCGGCGUGUUCCUCGUCUCGACGCUGACGGUAGCGCGCGCCCAGCACGCCCACUCGGGCAACUACAGCUGCACCACGUUUGUGGACAAUGCCCACGAGGUGAUCGUGAUCAGCGCGGACAUGGUGCGUACCAACGCCGACGAGACGGACGGCAUACUGGUGAUGACGACCAAGACGCUGGUCAUCAACUGCUCUACCACGUCUGACGUGCCCAGCAACACCGUCACUUGGUACAAGUCUGUCGAGGGCGGCGAGCAGGAGGAAGUCAUCGGCGACAGCAACGUGAUCGUCGAGGGCGGCGUGCUCACCAUCAAGAAGCCGACCGAACUCGACGCCGGAAACUACACGUGCAGCUUCGCCACGGCAGCCGUGACGGACAAAACGGUCCAGGAAACCAUCCGCGUCAUCACGAAUGUGACCGUUGCUAUGCCGAGCCAGUCGAUCAACAAACAGGAGGGAGAUGAGGUGGUCAUCCUGUGCGAGCCCUUCGGACGGCCCCGGCCCGCCGUCACUUGGACCAAAGACGGCAAAGACGUCAAGGUCGCCAUCAAGAACUCGACGUCACGCCUGACGCUGAGUGCCGAUGACGACGGCAAUGUCGACGCGCGCCUGACGCUAACGGAUCUGCUGCGCCCGGAGGACGCUGGAGACUACUGCUGCCGUGCGGAGAACCUGGCCAACGCCGCCGAGGCCUGCAUCAUCGUCAGGGUCAAGGACAAGUACGCCGCUCUGUGGCCGUUCAUUGGCAUUGUGGCCGAGGUGAUCCUUCUGACGGCCAUCAUCUACAUCUACGAGAAGAAGAAGAGCAAGCCCGACAUGGACGACAGCGACACCGAUAACGGAAACGACAACAGGCCGGAGCCGAAGGGAGACGUCCGCCAGAGGAAAUAGACAUCUAGCGGCAAAAUCCAGCACCUGUAGUUUCAUCUUUGCCCGCCAGGUGGCCGGCGCGCGGCGAACGGGCGAGCCCCGGUCGGUCUCUGGGUGGCUUUAACGGAGUUCUCCGCUGUCUCGUGGUGGCCGAUACUCUGUUAGCGAUACUCGCCGCUCUGAUAGGGGUGCGACAGGUGGAGACGCUCUCUCUAGUAGGCCGUGGGCCGGGGCGAGCGGCGCGGAGCUCCUGGACCCUCGGAGAGGGACAGUCUGUAGCAGACUUCCCUCCUCUGAGUGGCGCCUCGAGCCCUGAUUAUGGAUUGGCAAUAGUGUGAGAGGUGAUUUCUUUCUCGCGCGCGUCGCCCGCUGCCUUAGCUUCCGCCGGCCGCUAGUCACAAUCUGUACCGGCAGAUGGCGCUGUCGGCGCUGGCUGGCGAACGACCCAGUUCGACUCAAGGCGAGAACGAGGUCGUAAAUCGAGACUCACUUUCAGUCUGUAGCUUAGAUCAAUGUGCGGUGAUGUGGGUUGUAGACGUCUCUUCGGCGGGGUAUGUGUGCGUUAUUUACCAAUAUUGAGGCUCGUUUGUCCCCCCCCCCUCCCCCACGGCAAACAGUUGCCGUAGCUGCAGUGUGCCCCUCCCCCUUAGGCGGAUGCCCGUUAUAUUGUUGGUACUAGAGACUUCUAUGGUGCGCGUUGUAUUUGACUUGGUUUUACCCGUAGACGCAGGCUGCUCUGGUUUUGAUAUAGGUUCGGCCUUGCUAAUUGGUGUUGUGGUCAGCUCUUAUCUGUACGCGAUCGGCGCGGUGUUUCGGCCCGUUAAAUUACAAUAAAUGACCCUAAAUUAAA